AUGGCAUCGUCCCUGUCUGGCCGUGUCGAAGACGAUGAGAUCGUCUACCAAGUCUCGCCGUUACUCACCAUCUACAAGAGCGGCCGCGUCGACCGCCCACUCGAUGCCGUCAUCGUCCCGGCGGAUGCCGCCGACCUCGCCGACUUGGCUGACACAGCCGGCGUCUCCUUCAAGGACCUCGUGAUCUCGUCCGACACUGGUCACGUUUCGGCGCGCCUCUACCUCCCCAAACGCGUCGCCACGCAAGCUAGAAAAGUUCCCCUCCUCUUCUACUUCCACGGCGGUGGCUUCUGCAUUGGCAACCCUUUCAUGCGCUGCUUCCACGACUACGUCGUCUCCCUCGUCGAGCAGGCCAACGUCGUCGCCGUCUCCGUCGACUACCGCCUCGCGCCGGAGCACCCGAUCCCAGCUGCCUACGAAGACGCGUGGACCGCCCUCCGGUGGGCGACCGCAGGCGCGACAGCGGACCUUUGGCUGGCCGAUCACGCCGACUUCGACCGCGUCUUCCUCGCCGGCGAGAGCGCGGGGGCGAACAUCGCCCACCACACGGCCAUGCGAGCGGCGAAGGAGGCGCUGCACCCCGGCAGCGUGGGACUCCGGGGGAUCGUGCUCGUCCACCCGUACUUGCUGGGCUCGAAUCCUCUGCCUUCUGAGGAAAUAAACCCGGGGAUGACCGCCGGGCUAAAGAGAAUGUGGGAGAUCGCGUACCCAGCCGGGGCGGGCGACGUGGACCACCCGUGGAUAAAUCCGUUGGCGGAGGGGGCGCCGAGCUUGACCGGGCUGGGGAGCCGGCGUGUGCUGGUGUGCUUGGCAGAAGAAGACGUGAUGAGGGACAGGGGGAGGGAGUACUUCCAGCGGCUGAGGGAGGGCGGGUGGGAGGGAGAGUCAGAACUGUACGAGUCACCGGCGAAAGGCCAUGCGUUUCACUUGUUGGAAGCCGACAGUCAGCAGCGUUUGGCUCUGGAUCAAGCGAUCUGCAACUUCCUCAUUAUAUAGCAAUUAAUAAUUCCAGAGGAUACAAAUCUGCCGUCAACCCUGGUUUACUUUCACGGCUAAGUAUAUCUUCCAGCGUAUUGUAAAUUUGGAAUGGUUUGUUUAAAAUAAACGAUAUUCAAAUAUUUUCUAAUAAUUAAAAACUUCUACACAUUAAGAUUAGCAAUUAAGAAUGAAGAAAUAGUGAUCAAACAAUGGUCAAAACUGCAAUUAAAAUUAAAGAAGAUAGUUGCUUGGCACGUGAUUCCAGUUUUCAAAAAUUAUAACGAUAAGAGCAUAAUCACUAUCUAUCUCAAGUGCAAUCAUGUAAAACAACAAAUCGAAGUUUUAAUCCGGUUUUUGUUUAAUCACAAAGUCUCUCUUUAAGUUGUCAAUACAUAUGACAGAAUAUGUUUCAUGCAACAAUGAAUCAAGAUGAAAGAUAAACCACUUGAAUGUUGUAUCCAUUCUUAAGUAGAAAUCGACAUCGUCCAUAUCUUGCCUGGGGUAAUUGGUUGUAUUUUUAUUUUGUCUCAGCAAAAGUUUCUUUCAACAAAAGAAACGAAGGGAAGACAAGUAUUAUGAGAUGAUGAACUUUCACUGUCCGAAAUAGUAUUUACAAAUACAAUCAACUUGGAUAUUUUGCUCCGAUCAAAUACAGGGAAGGAGUUGGAAUCAAUAAACUCUCACCAUCUAAAUGCCAUUCAUGCUCUCGAUUUCAGAAACAUAGACAUUUUGUAGAUGUUUUUGAAGGCCAAUAAUUACGCAAAAGAGUAAGCUCCAUACACAACAUGAACAAUUUAUUCUUGAUAUUUAGUAUUAUGAUGCACUGAAAUAGGAGACCCAAAAAAAAAAAAGCAGAGAAAAAU